AUGGGUGCCCUACAUGAUGGCCACAUGUCUCUAAUCCGACAAGCUGCCCAGGAAAACACUGAUGUCGUUGUUAGCAUAUAUGUGAACCCAACACAGUUUGGAGUCAACGAGGACUUGGACAGCUACCCGCGGACAUGGAACGAAGAUUUGGAGAAGAUACAAGCUCUCAAUACAGAAUUUGAAAGCAAGUCAUCGACUGGAUCUGGCCGUGUUACGGCAAUUUUUGCUCCCACUACCAAAGUAGUGUACCCUACGCUACCUCCCACAUCCGAGCUGAAUGGAAACGGAAGCUUCGUGACCAUAACACCACUGGCGACCAAGCUCGAGGGAGCUUCUAGACCAGUGUUCUUCCGCGGGGUUGCUACUGUGUGUACAAAGUUAUUCAACAUGGUGACUCCGGACCGUGUCUACUUUGGUCAAAAAGACGUACAGCAGUCUAUUAUCAUCAAACGCAUGGUGCAGGAUUUCCAUAUAGACACUGAGGUCAGGGUUGGUCCGACUUCAAGAGAACCAGAUGGUCUUGCGAUGAGUUCGCGUAAUGCAUAUCUCGGCGCUAGACGACGGAAUGUUGGCUUGGUUCUGUCCCGUGCCUUGAGAGCAGCUGAGUCUGUCUACCUAACCGGAAAGAAGUCGCGAAAGGAAAUACUCGGCGCUGCCAAUUCCUUAGCACAAUCCACAUUGGCUGAGCAGGAGCUCCUCCCUGCAUAUAAACGUGCAAGAUUUGAAGUGGACUAUAUUUCUCUAGCAGACCCCGAGUCAUUAGAGGAGCUGGACCAUGUCGAUGAAUCAAAGGGUGCGGUCUUAAGCGGUGCUGUGAAGAUGUUUCCGCUGGAAGAACCCCAAGAAGGCGAAGACUGCGGGCUUGGAGGAGGAAAAGUGCCUGUGAGACUGAUCGAUAAUAUCGUCCUACAGCCUUUAUCUUGA